AUGGUUUGGCUGUCGGCGGGGUUUGGAGACGUUCUGACGGGCAUCAGACUGACAGACUCCGCCCUCCGGCACCUGAACGCGCCGCGGCGAACGGAGAGACCGGAGCUGAACGCAACACGUUAGUGAAUGACAGAGAGCGCACGGAAGAUCCGCGCUGGGGAAACGGCAUUCGCGGAUGUUUUCCAUCCCGACACAUACCCAGAAUACGAACUCGUUUAAAGACGCCACGACGCGUUUCCAGUAGGUGUUUAAGAACCGCGCGUCACCGGUUGCGCGGAGAACCGACCAGCGGGCGAGAGCGCGGAGCGCAGCGGAGGAGAGUGCGCGCACACAGGGACACACACGCGGGGCUCUACGCCCUGCCAAACAUGGCUGAUCGUCGGGUGCGGGGCGCUGUCGGGAUCUCCAGAAACACGCUCGAUGCUCCCCACUGAAGAAGCAGAAGAUGAUGAUGGUGAUGAGAAGCAGCUCUCCAUAAUAAUGACCUAUCCACUAGCGGCUCCGUCCUCGGUUCGGAACAUGGAUGUGAUCAUCCCCUACACCAGUGAUAUGCCCUGUGACCCCAGAGGCCAGAGGAUGUGGUGGGCUUUCCUCGCCUCCUCCAUGGUCACUUUCUUCGGUGGUCUCUUCAUCAUCCUGCUGUGGAGGACCUUUAAGUACCUGUGGACGCUGUGCUGCCACUGCAAGGGUAAAAAGAAGGUAAAACGCCCCAUCACUGUCCUCAGUGACGGUGUGAUUAAAGUGGUGGGUCAGCGGGAGUCGGAGGUGGCGGUCACCGAGGUGGGAUGGAUGACCUCAGUGAAGGACUGGGCCGGGGUCAUGAUCUCUGCUCAGACGCUCACGGGACGUGUGCUGGUGAGUCUUUUCUUUGCUCUGAGCAUCGGAGCUCUUGUGAUUUACUUCAUCGACUCCUCGAAACCCAUCGAAUCCUGUCAGCAAUUCGACAAGGACUACACUCUGCAGAUCGAUAUGGCCUUCAAUGUGUUUUUCCUCUUGUAUUUUGGACUGCGUUUCAUCGCAGCCAAUGAUAAGCUGUGGUUCUGGCUGGAGGUGAAUUCAGUGGUGGACUUCUUCACCGUCCCGCCUGUGUUUGUGUCCGUGUAUCUGAACAGGAGCUGGCUGGGACUGAGGUUCUUAAGAGCCUUGAGGCUGAUCCAGUUUUCAGAAAUAUUACAGUUUUUAAAUAUCUUAAAAACAAGCAACUCCAUAAAGUUGGUGAAUCUGUGCUCGAUCUUUAUAAGCACAUGGCUGACGGCUGCGGGCUUCAUACAUUUGGUGGAAAACUCAGGGGAUCCUUGAAACUUCCAAAAUUCCCAACCGCUUUCCUACUGGGAGUGUGUGUACUUACUCAUGGUAACCAUGUCCACAGUGGGUUAUGGAGAUGUUUGUGCUAAAACAACCCUCGGCCGCCUCUUCAUGGUCUUCUUCAUUCUCGGAGGAUUGGCCAUGUUUGCCAGCUACGUUCCUGAAAUCAUAGAGUUAAUAGGAAACCGCAAGAAAUAUGGUGGUUCCUAUAGUGCAGUAAAUGGGAGAAAGCAUAUAGUCGUCUGCGGUCACAUCACACUGGAGAGCGUCUCCAACUUCCUCAAAGACUUCCUACACAAGGACAGGGAUGAUGUCAAUGUAGAAAUUGUUUUUCUCCAUAAUAUUUCCCCUAAUCUUGAGCUGGAAGCCUUAUUCAAGAGACACUUCACACAGGUGGAGUUUUACCAGGGAUCCGUCCUCAACCCUCACGAUCUCGCUCGAGUCAAGAUUGAGUCGGCCGAUGCCUGUCUGAUCUUAGCCAAUAAAUACUGUGCAGAUCCUGACGCUGAAGAUGCAUCCAAUAUCAUGAGGGUGAUCUCCAUUAAAAACUAUCAUCCGAAGAUCCGAAUCAUCACACAGAUGCUGCAGUACCACAAUAAGGCUCAUCUUCUCAACAUCCCGAGCUGGAACUGGAAGGAAGGCGAUGACGCCAUCUGCCUCGCCGAGCUGAAGCUGGGCUUCAUUGCUCAGAGCUGCCUGGCACAGGGUCUGUCCACCAUGCUGGCCAACCUCUUCUCCAUGAGGUCCUACAUCAAGAUUGAAGAAGACACAUGGCAGAAGUAUUAUUUAGAAGGAGUAGCCAAUGAAAUGUACACGGAGUAUCUGUCCAGUGCUUUCGUGGGGCUGUCCUUCCCCGCCGUUUGUGAACUCUGCUACGUUAAGCUGAAACUCCUUCUGAUCGCGAUUGAAUAUAAAUCAGACCAGAGAGAGAGUAGCACGCUGAUUAACCCGGGCAAUCAUGUGAAGAUGCAGGAGGGAACACUGGGCUUCUUUAUCGCCAGUGAUGCCAAAGAGGUGAAGAGGGCACUUUUCUACUGUAAAGCUUGUCAUGAUGACAUUACAGACCCAAAACGGAUCAAAAAGUGUGGAUGCAAACGGAUGUUGUAUUCCAAGAAGUCUGCCUACAAGAGAAUGCGUCUGGCAUGUUGUGUAGCUUGCGGUGGGGCAGAACAGGGCUGCUCGUGCAUGUCAGACAGUGUGGCUAGUAACAUGGAGGUUCUGCACCGUGGCUUCCCCUUCUCUCCCGUGUCUCUGUAUGAUAACACGACCACUUUACGCUCGUCUAAAAGUAACUAUAAUGGAUACAUCAAAUCAAUAAAUGAUGAGCUCAAUCCAACAUUCCUGCCCCAGAAUCCCAAACCCGCCCUAAUGCGAGUUCAGUGUGCAGUGAGAGGGCCUCCUGCUGUCCGAAGCGGUCGUGUGUCAGUGCCUUUAGUAAAUAACCGUAAAGGCAGUCUGCUGUCACCGGCUGCCUCAUACCUGCACAGACUCAGUCUGGCCAGCUCUAGAGAGCUCUAUCAUAGCAGCAGCGCUGGCACAGGAGCAUCUGAUGCCAUCCGCCUGCAUCGGGCCUGUAGUCUGCCUGUUAAAUACAGAUAUCAUUCCAGCCACGGCUCCACCUCCACCAUCGGCCCGCACACGCUCUUAGUGGAGGAGGAGCAGCAGUCAGCUCUGUCGCCCAAGAAAAAACAGCGUAACGGAGGGAUGAGAUCAUCGCCCACAUGCUCACCCAAAAUCAUCAGGCACGACCCGUUGUUGGUCCCAGGUCACGAUCAAAUGGAAACAAUGGACGAGAACAUAAAGAAAUAUGAUUCGACAGGAAUGUUUCACUGGUGUCCAUCAAAAGACAUAGAGAAGGUCACCCUGACUCGCAGCGAAGCGGCCAUGACGGUUUUGAGCGGUCACGUGGUGGUUUGUAUAUUCGGUGACGUGAAGUCGGCUCUGAUCGGUCUGCGUAACCUGGUGAUGCCUCUGAGAGCCAGUAACUUCCACUAUCACGAGCUGAAGCCCAUCGUGUUCGUGGGCUCUCUGGAGUAUCUGAAGAGAGAGUGGGAGACGCUACACAACUUCCCCAAAGUCUCCAUCUUACCCGGAACUCCACUGAGUCGGGCCGAUCUGAGAGCCGUCAACGUCAACCUGUGUGACAUGUGCGUCAUCCUUUCAGCCAAUCAGAACAACAUCGACGAUGCUUCUCUGCAGGAUAAGGAGUGUAUUCUGGCGUCUCUCAACAUCAAGUCCAUGCAGUUUGAUGACAGUAUUGGACUCCUGCAGGCCAACUCUCAAGGUUUCACUCCUCCUGGAAUGGAUCGCUCGUCUCCAGAGAACAGUCCCGUGCACGGAUUGGUGCGGCAGGUGUCCACAACCACCGGAGCAAACAUUCCCAUCAUCACAGAGCUCGUGAACGACUCAAACGUCCAGUUUCUGGACCAGGAUGAUGACGAUGACCCCGACACGGAGCUGUACCUCACGCAGCCGUUCGCCUGUGGGACAGCGUUCGCCGUCAGUGUGCUGGAUUCAUUAAUGAGUGCCACGUACUUCAAUGACAAUAUUCUGACUCUGAUCCGGACGCUGGUGACCGGCGGAGCCACGCCGGAGCUGGAGGGUCUGCUGGCGGAGGAGAAUGCGCUGCGCGGAGGAUACAGCACACCGCAAACACUGGCCAACAGAGACCGCUGCCGCGUCGCACAGCUAGCGCUUUACGACGGACCUUUCGCUGAUCUGGGGGAUGGGGGCUGUUAUGGUGAUUUAUUCUGUAAAGCGCUGAAGACGUACAACAUGUUGUGUUUUGGAAUCUACCGGUUAAGAGACGCACAUCUGGGAGCACCCAGCCAGUGCACUAAACGAUAUGUGAUCACGAAUCCUCCGUACGUCUUCGAGCUGGUGCCUACAGAUCUGAUCUUCUGCCUGAUGCAAUUCGACCACAACGCGGGCCAGACGCGCACCAACCUGUCCUCCCACUCCACCUUCUGCCCCAGCAAGACGUCUUCCCGCCUCUCCAUCCCCUCAUCCGCCCGUCCGGGACGCAGCCGGAGCCGCGACCUGCGCGACAAACAGAAUGUGCCCAGGACGAAUAGAGGGGUUUCAGAUAAAAACUGGUACACAGAUGAACCCGAGAACUGCUUCCCAAGAAACACGCAAAGCAAACACACCAACACACACGCAGCCAAUCAGAUCAAUCAGUACAAAUCCACCAGCAACAUCAUCCAGCCAAUCAGAGAAGUGGAGGAGGAGCCUUGAGACGACAUCAUCCACACACAGACUGAAUCCUCACUGGAAACCAAUCAUAAACGACGUCGGAGAUGGAGUUCAGUGGUUCUUAACUGGUUUUGCUGCUGGAGAUCAAAUGGUGAACCAGCAAGACCAACACUUUUUAUCACAAAGACAGAAUUCUGAUGGUUUCAUGAUUCUAGCAGCCAAUAAUUUGCACAAAACUCAGUGUGGUACACGAAAACAUUUCCACUU